GCUCAGAAUCGGGCGAAGGGGUCCCUUGCGCUGUUUGAAAUGGUUUUUCUCAUAAAUAGGAAGGAUGCGUUUAUGGAGAAGAUUUCAGGGAAGGCUGUAGCAGAGGGACAGGGUGGUGAGAGUGAGAGUGAGAGUGGGAAUGAGAAUGGGAAUGGGGCGGGAGGGCGGAGCCGGUGUCGGGGGUUGGAGUGUGAAUGAGGAUGUGGGCGAGCGGAGUGCGAGAGAUCUAGGAGAGCUGUUAGAGAGUAUCUUCCCUGAAUAUACAGGUGGGAGAGAUAUGAACAAAGCGGCCAAGUUUUAUUUUGUGGAAGUUUUCGCAGGCGAAUAGGGUGAAGUUGACUAUUUACCCUCAGUAAGUUUUGUUGCUCGCUCUUAUCGAGGGGUUAGUGAUCCCGAUUUUGGUUGGUCCUUCUAGUUUGACCCAAGCGACUGAUACAAGAAAUGCAUGUGCUUUUUAUUGCUUGCCAUUCGCUGAAUGCCUCUGAAUC